AUGGCAACCUAUAAUUUAUAUCAUUUACCGGAUGAUGUUCUGUUUUUAUCAAAUGAUAAUUUUUAUAAUUUUGUUGUACAAGUAUGUGGAAAAGUUGAAGCUGAACUUUUACAAAUUCAAGGUAUGCGAAAUGCACGAUCUUUGAUUCGAUCUACAAAUUUAUUUUCGAUUCUUGAAAUUGAUUGUGAUGAAAUUGAUAAAUUAAAACAAAAUCUUUGUUUUACAUCUAAAGAUGGAAAUCAUAUUAUCAGACAAGGUCAACGGCAACGAGAAUUAUUAUGUUCAAUUUCAACAUUACAAACAACAAAUACAGGUAUAAAUGAUAAUAAAAAUAAUUUAACUACACAAAAUCUCGCAGUAAACGUUACAACAGAUUCAAAUUCAUCAUCUUUAAAAUGUAGAUCAAUAAAUGAUCAUACAGUUUUUAUAAAAGAUUUAAUAGAAAAAUUUUCAUUUAAAACAUUUACAUCAACUAUCUUGAAAAACGAUGAACAUUAUCAAUUGAUAAUUACACAAGAUGGACAAAAAUUCAAAGCUAUUAUUAAAUGUCAAUGUGGUGCAAAAUUAAUAUUACCAUCUCGUUCUGAAACAUCAACAUUCAUUUUAUCUAAUUUUUAUGCUCAUUUAAUAACAUCAAAUUGUUCUAUGGCUGAACGAAUUCGAAAACAGGAGAAAAAGACAAAUGAUAAAGAAACAGCUGCUCAACCAUUAUCAACUUCAGAUUCACAACUACCAACACCGUCUUCUAGCAAUAAUAGUUCUGUUGUUACAAAUUCUUCAAAAAGAAUACAUAAUGAUAUUCGAUCUGAAAUAAAUAAAAAUUCAAGUAAAAAACAAAAACAAUAA